AUGUCGUACACUCUCCCAAACCGUGCAUCAAUCCACCCUACUCAGAGCUUUCAUCCUCAAUUGACUACUCUCGAAGUCGAUGGCAUUGCCAUCGUCGGCACCAGUAAUGGACACGGAUAUCACUUCCAAAUUUUCCUCUACAAUCGCGCGCUAAGCUGCAGUGUUAGCUUCGAUUGCCAUCCUACCUAUGACGCAGAUGAUCCAGACAAGGCUCGUGUCACCAUUGACUUUAAGCCUUACACUUGGACUAAAUCCCAAAAUGCCUCGUCUGGGCAAACUCCCCCAUCCACCGACGCCUUCGAAGUCAAACUCAAGGCCUCAACGAAGGUGUGGAAAAUCUUCAACGUAUUAUUUGACACUCUCAAGAGAGACCAAUACCGGUUCACUGGCGGUUUGGGAUGCAGGCACUGGUGUGCUAUUAUUCUUGGAGAUCUGGAGGCGCAGGGCUAUAUUUCAUCUAGUGCGACCAUGAAGUUUGAGAGUUGGGAGCGAACCAAGUAUACGGAAUUUGGUGCCGCUAUUUUUUUCCUGCCUCGCAUCCAAGGAAAUUUCUAUGAUUGA